UUCAUGCACAUUAUAUCCCCUUCGAUUUAUACUCUCUUCCUCCCACCAACGAAAGUUUCACAAUGUCCUCGGCCUCUCUCCUAAUCCUCCUAUUAUCAAUUACCUCCCUCAUACACUCAACCCUAGCAUCUCUCUACAAUCCACCACCACGAGUUCUAAAAUACCACAACGGCCCACUGCUUGACGGCGAAAUCCCCAUCUCGAUCCUAUGGUAUGGAAAAUUCUCUAAAUCUCAAAAAUCCAUCGUCACCGACUUCAUCCUCUCUCUAACCUUCCAUCAUCAACUCACGAACUCCCUCGACUCGCCUCCGUCCGUCUCCAAAUGGUGGCAAACGGUCGAUGCCUACCUCCAGAAAGUCGGCAAGAGAAGGACCCACAUGCAUUUAUCCACCCAAAUCUCAGACCAAGAAUAUUCUCUAGGCAAAUCACUAACUAGGUCGCAACUUGCAACGUUGGCUACAAAAUCCGGUAACAGAAAUAGAGGACUCGUCCUCAUUCUCACCGCGGAGGACGUGACCGUCGAGUCCUUUUGCAUGUCCACAUGUGGGCUCCACAGUUCGUACGGGAAGCAGGCCUACGUUUGGGUCGGGAACUCCGCGGCCCAGUGUCCCGGUCUUUGCGCAUGGCCUUUUCAUGAAGCUCUGUAUGGGCCGAGCAGCCCACCAUUGGGUGCGCCGAAUGGGGAUGUGGGUGUGGAUGGGAUGGUGAUUAAUUUGGGGACUUUGUUAGCGGGUGGGAACCCGUUCGGCAACGGGUUUUACGAUGGGGAAGCGGGUGCGCCCGCUGAGGUUGCGGGUGCUUGUGCCGGUGUUUUCGGGCCGGGUGCGUACCCAGGGUAUGCGGGGCGGGUGAGGGUGGAUGAGAAUGGAGGGACAUAUAAUGUUGUUGGGCUCAAGGGCAGGGAGUAUUUGGUGCCCGCUAUGUUAGGACCCGAGUCUUUUACUUGUUCCCCUUUGGUUUGAUUUGUGUGUGCGCAGAGGCAAGUUAUGAAUGUUUCUAUGGAAUACUACACAUAUAUUUUGAUA